ACUGAUACGUGCCUUGUACAUGUACAAUCAUGUACCUGUUGACUCCGAGUGUUGUAGUGAUUGAUUUUGUGACUGACACUGGUUUAGUGGCGAAUGCCUAGCCUGGUGUCGCCCUGUCCCUGGUGUACCAUCGUGUACAGAGCCAGUGCGCUUGCUGUGUCGUGUGUGAGGAAAGGAGAAGGAAGCGGAUUUAGGAUAGCGUCCGAUAGUGAACUGAGUUUUUUAUAGACCUUUCGUGGACUGGCCAGAGCUCCAAAUUAAUUUUUAUAGUUGUCUCCAAACGAAUAGUUAUCAUCGGCAACGGGGAAAGGUAAUGGUCGCUUGCCCCACAGCUACUCUGAUGGAAUAGUGAGCCAUUUGGAAUAGACACGACGUUUCAGCGACACUGGUCGCUCGAUAGCGGAGGUCUCCGAUGGCGACUUCCGACGGGCCAUCAGGCCCCGCUGCUCGGGUGGCGUCGCGCGAGUCGGAGACCGAUUUGAAAGACAUUGUGAGAGAAAUGGGCCAGCAUCUCGGGAACGAUGAGUUCCUUCGUGUGUCCCUUGUCCUUUGCAAGAUCGUUCAGAAUGCGAUCGCUAUGGGUGGCGAGCAGGCGGUGUACAGAAGCGUCCGUCUUUGCGCACCGGUGCUGUCCAUCGCUGGUGCUAUCGAUGUUCUCCUUAUAGGUGGUUUCCAGCGAGAUGAAGCGGGCACCCACUUAUCGCUAUCCGAGCCGAUCCCUGUCAAGCAGUUGGAAGCUACCAAGCAGGCUCUCCUUUCUGCACGACGUCGUUACGACGUCAUUGAGGGGCUGGAGGUACCGGUUGUUUCCCUGAAGCUAGCCGAGCGCCUCGGCAAGGGAAAGUUUGGAGAGGUCUACAACGGGUUUUGGGACAAACGAGCAGUCGCCAUCAAGACUCUGCGGCCGAAAUGCGAUCAACUGGCUAUAGACGAGUUUCAUCGUGAAGCCAAAAUCAUGAGGUCGUUAAAUCAUAGUAAUGUUGUGUCACUGCUAGCUGUGGCGCUGACUGUGGAGCCAGCUUAUCUUGUCCUGGAGUUGAUGCGUGGUUGCUUUCUGAACAGUCUGCGCGCUCAGGCGGCCAGCACGCCGGGCGAGCAGCUUGAGUAUGCGUUCCAGGUGGCAGCCGGCAUGGACUACCUGCAUCAGCGCGGUGUGCUGCACUGCGAUCUGGCUGCUAGGAAUAUAUCCUCUUCUUACUCUCACACAGUCGGGCAACUAGGGUCACAACGUAGAGCGUGUUUGAUUCUGGCUUACGUUACUCUUAGAGAUAAUUUGGUAAUCUACAUCUUGAUCAACUCCGACGGCGUGCUGAAGAUCUCUGACUUUGGUCUGGCACGCUUAGUGGGCUCACCUGAGUGCCAUGUGUCUGGCAAGCCGGCUAAGUUUGCCACCCGCUGGACAGCACCGGAGGUACUCUUUGACGGUCUGCUCAGCAAGGCAGCCGAUGUUUGGAGCUUUGGUAUCAUGUUCUAUGAGUUUGUGACGAGCGGUGCGGUGCCGUACGGUGACCUCACCAACCCUCAGACCAAGCUACAUGUAGGUAAUGGCUAUCGACUACCACAAGCGCAGGACUGCCCCGACGAGUUCCACUCGCUCAUGCUCAAGUGCUGGGCAAAGGUGCCGGGGAGUCGACCGGGAUUCCCGGCCAUCGUAUCGGAUCUGGCCAAGGACAGGCAGAAGUUUGUCGGCGGUAUGAUGCGGAUUCGCCGAGCAGUCGCCAUUGACGACGGUCGUGCCCGUUCUUCGUCGCCCGGCAGUGGCAGUAGUGCGAGUAGCGUGGACAGUUAUAACACUGCUAACUGGACGGAUUCACCCAUUAGCGGCCACUGCAAUACACCACCAUCGCAGAGUCCAUCUCCACAGCUAAGACAAAACCCGAAGGACAAGCCACACCGUACUGGCAAGCUGAAGAAACUCACGUUUGGUCGUGCAUCCGCAGAUAACCUUCUUAAGGGAGAGAGUGUGGUGACGGUAUUCACAGUGCUGGUAUCACCGCUACAGCCGUCUGUCUCUCUGCCACUCAAGAGCAAACAUCGUAGCACGGAACUGGUUGCCAUGGUGCUGAAGCAGCUAGGGAAAUCCUCCAGUGAUUCAUCCCAAUAUGCGCUGGUGGAACUAAAGCCUGCCACAACCGCUACUAGCUCGAGUGGCGAAGCGAGCGCUCCGCCUGCCGAUGGCGAGGCGGAGCGCGUUUCGUUUCAGUCGCGCUUCGUUCAUGACUCGGAGCGACCGCUGUCACUCCGCGCUACGUGGGCAAGUCCGUCGGCAUGUCAUCUCGUGCUGUGUUCGGCUCACGGCAGAAACGACAAUUCGAUAUUGACGGCCAUCAACGAACACUUCGCUGUGGUUGAGAACACGUCAGUUCUCCAUCAGCAGUGCCAGGGCUACCUGUUGAAGUUCCAGGAGUCGCACGCCGGCACACGCGUGGCGGGCCGCAGCAAGUCUGAGAACUGGCAGCGCUUCUGGGCACGGGUGGACGGCAAUGCCAUGCUGCUGUAUCGCGACGAAGAGACUGAAGAGAAUCAAGAAGAGCCGAUCACGCACAUACAACUGCAGCAGUGCACAGCGGAGCAGGCAGUGGACGUGUCCAAGAAACGUGACAUGCUUCGAAUCAGCACGUUGACGGGAGAUUCCAUACUGCUGCGGACAUCUGGCAAGGACAUCUACCGGUGGUUGGAAGCCGUGACAACAGCAGCUAGUGCACAUCCGUCCAGCAUCCUGGAGAAGUUCGGCGACGGAGAGCUACUCCACACGGGCUAUUUACUAAUCGACGACACCCAGACACCUACCACCCCUACCCUGUUCAACAGUAACGCGAGCAGUAGAUCGACAUCAUCACGGGGUAGUGUAGCAUCUGGAACUUCAUCCGAUCAGCAGCGGCACCAUCAGAGAGGACGCUCGACAGCCAGUGAACUAUCCGUUGGACUUCUCAACAUCCAGGGCCUGUCCACGACACACCGCAGAUUGCUGUGUGCAUUGAAAGGGCGCCAACUGCUCGCCUUUGUCGGCGAGACACGGCGAGAGCUGAUCGAUUUCGCGAACGUUGUCGCCAUCUCCGUACUCAACCCGACGUCCAUGCUCGAUUUCUCCAUGUCGCGUAGUUCAGAGCAUGGGUCAUCCGAACAACUGGGAAGUGAUGGUGGUGAAGACGAUUGUCUGAUGACGUUUGGCGUGCAAGUGGAUGUCGUUCGGCCACGCAGCGGCGUGAAAAACAUCAGCAACACUUCCACCGCGGACGGAACCGUGCGCUAUUUUCUCAAGCCGGACACGCCGGGAGAUCUGGACGCGUGGACAGAUGCGUUUGAUCGUCUCCUCCUGAAGAUCGGCAAGAGCGACCUCAUGGUUCCUGUGAACAGCGUAACCGAGGACAACGAGAAAGGCGAAGACGACGUAGACGGUGGUGUUUCAGAUUACCCACGGGCAGCGGUCUCAGCCACGUCAACGCUGGGUGGUGCUCAGACAAUGGGAGACCUCCCGGAAAUCGUCGAAGUGCCGUGUUCUCCGAUAGCGGAGGAAUUCACACGAGCACACAGCACCACCAGUGGCAGUAGCAAGGACGUCGGCACGGCUACCGCUGUACGGCGUAGCAUCCGUCGCCGCCAGGAAACCGGUUUCCAGCCAGUCGCCAAGCUACGCAAGACGUCCUUGCACCUGGACGAACGCUCCGUGUACGACUUGAGCGACGAUGCAAGCGCAGCCACAGCGGCAGCACCUGUGCCGCCACGCAAGGCCAAAUCGGCGAGCGCAAUGAAAGAUGAAUCCAUCCUGUCACCGGUGAAGGAGACAAAGAGCAAUGGGGCAAGUCCAGCUCGGUUGCUGUGUUCAUCCGACCAAUCAGCAGCAUCUGCUGUUGCCGAGCAUGAGUUGCAAACCGACAAUGCAGCAAAUCUCGGUGGAAGACCAUCAGUUGAGGCAGUGUCAGAAGCACACAGUCCUGCGAAGCCAUCGCCCAAACAUCGAGACAGGCAAUCUCCAUCACAUGCUGUAAGUAAACCCUCUGAUGUGGAGUCUGCUGGGGAGUACGUGAAUGCAUCGGCCACGUCACUUGUGCAGCACCAUUCGGACACUACAAACUCGGAAGGGCACAGAUCGCCCAGUCCGCGCCACAGUCCUGCGCGCAAACCGGUUCCCUCGCCUAGAACUCUGCGCAGGAACCGCGAUAAGGCCAUGACGAAGUCCGAGUCAUCUCUAGUCCACAGUGCUUCCAGUGCUUUAGCCCCCAGCACCUCAACCAGCAUCUUAGCUGGCACCACAGCCAGCACCCCAGCCAACAGUUCAGCUAGCAACUCGCAGGAUUCACGUUCAACAGAUGUAACCUUACCACCACCUCAGGCAACACACAACGCGGACUCGCCUCGGCCAGCCCCUAGCAAGCGGGCACCACCGCCCAUUUCGCCAAAGCCAAGCCGUCGCCACAUGGUCAAUCUACCGGUGUCGGAGCCAAUCUCUCGCGGAGGUGCCGUCACUGAAUCUAGCUCUAGGACCACAGCAGUGCACUCAAUUUCUCCACCGGUUCCCCGAAAAACACCAUCAGAGGAUGCGAAACCGGCAGUGAAGUCCGAUCAGGCCAACCAUACCCAGCCAGGGUCAGCGACAGCAACACAGGCCAGUGUGCAAGAGAGCGACGACACGGUGAAGACAGUCCGCUCGCCAGCUCGGUCAGCCGUCCUCUCUACGUCGCCGUCGGUGCCUGAAGGCCUGGUGUCGCCCGAACACGCACGACCUGCCACCACACACAUGCAGCGCUCCAAGUCAGAGGAUUUCUUCAAACCAAGCGAUACAGGACUAAUGGCAGCAGUAGAAGAGAACAUAGCUCUGAAAAUCACACCGUCCUCUCCACCGCCUCUUCCACCAGAUUCGGCCUACUCGCCGCAGCACCAAUCCGAGCCGGCAAGCUUGGCUAACUCGCCUCCUCCACUUCCGCAGAAGGCCAGUCGUUCCCACUCGUCACACAGCAUCCUGUCGGCCACGCUGCCUCGUCAGUUGUCUCGUGGUGGUUCUCUCGACAUGGGUGUCUCUCACUUGCCUGUAGCGUGCGUAUCAACAGAGAACGUUUCGUCACCACAGCCGCCGACUCUACCUCCCAAGAACCCGGCCAGUCGCCGUGGCAGCCGCGAUCACUUGAACAGAUCCACCACGUCCGUAUCCACGACAUCAUUGUCUCGUUCCGCCGGUGGUAGCACCGAGGUGCUGUCGCAGUCGACAUCCAGUCCGUUCUUCACUCCGCACUCGGGAGCAGAGAGCGGUGGUCUAAAGCGGCCACAGGUGCCUGCGUCUCACGACCAGCAUGCACGCCAGGUCAGCAGCCCGACCACGCUACUCCAUCGCUCACCCGUACACCACACACGUUCAGCCACGGCCGCUGCCGUGCUGGAGCCGUCGACGGAAACAAAAGCGGCGUCAGCGGCAGAGGAGUAUAUCGAAAUGGCCCCGGGUGCAGCGCUGUCCACGGCGUCGCCAACCGAAGACUACAUAGACAUGAGCGACCAGUCGGUGCGCUCCGAUCCGUUCCUGGAGCGUCAGCACAGCCCGCUGAAGCACUGUGGAUCGCACAGCACUGCCAGUAGCUCCAGUCUUCCUGGAGAGGACUACAUACCCAUGUCACCGCUAGAUGCUCCGGGCAUGCUUGCAAUGCCGAGCCCGAGCCUGUCAUCGUCCCGCUCCCCGCUCACGCCACGUCCAUCGCUGGACUCCAGCGUAGCACUGGCUGACGACGACGGCCCCGACGAGUACGUGGAAAUGGCCGACGAUCCGGUUGCCAUGGCCACGAUGGGCGCUAGGCAGCGGAGCACCAGUGCGGCGCUGCGACCUCAUGCCAACUCUGUGGCGUCGGCUCUCGGUCGCCGUGGCAAACCGGCCGUGUACUCCGAGAUUCCGCAGGACGAGGACGACGGCACUGGUGGACCGGGGUCCGCAGCGGCAGGGAAGCUUGCACGACCGCCCCCCUACGCCUGCAUAGAUGACGAUGACAGCGCUCCACCUCCGCUUCCGAGCCGGCCUCCGGGCAACUCUCGUUCAAAAUCUCACAGCAGUACGCUACUUAGUCAUAUCCUGCCCGGUGGUGGAGACGCGCGGCGCUCUUCAACACCCCAGACCGAAACCAGUGGAGCAAUGCGAGCGCGAACGGAGUCCGUUCCUGCCACCGGCAACUCUCUCUUCCACGGCAAGCGUUCCAUCGCUGUGGCGAACAGUUCCCGCUCUUCAUCCUCCACCGCCGCUCAUCGUGGUUCUGUUCAACAGCAGUCGCAGGCGCCAACGCGAACACGUGCUGCUACGGUGUCUGUAUCAUCCACCGAUGGUGGUGAGGCUGCCUCGGCCACUGUUAGCCGUGACAAAGCGAAGAGCAAGAAGAAAGGAAAGGACAAAGACAAGGAAAAGGAGAGCAGGUUCUUCCCGGCGCAGUGGAAGAUGGUGGUUGACGUUCACGGUGGAGAGUACUUCUAUGAGGAAGCGACGGGACGCACCAGCUGGAACUACGAGGGCAUGAUCAUGCUGUACGAGAAGAGUCAGCAGCCUGCCGUGCCUCCACCGCGUGGCAAGAAAAAUACGGAUCCUGGAUCUGGCUGGAAGGCAGCUCACAAUCAGGACGGUCGUACCUACUACUUUCACAAGAAGAAGAAACUGUCAACGUGGAUCAUUGAGGACACAUGGUGAUUGUUUCGUGUGUGUGUGUGUGUGUGUGUGUGUGUGUGUGUGUGUGUGUGUGUGACAGAGAGUGAGAGAGAGAGAGAGAGAGAGAAAUGUUUGCAAUGCGCUGUAUCCCGCUAGCAAGUGAUUAUUAUCCAGCCGCAGUGCCAGCAUAUAAAGCACAGCGGAACAAUAUCGUGGCCGAUACUCGCAUCCUAAAGCUUCUGUGUGACUCAUUGCAACCAGAAGUAUGCGACACCCUGCAUUGGUCAUGUAUGUGCAGCCAAGAGGCCACGUACCCAGCAGAGUAGUUCCUAUGCACGCAUGACUUGCUCUGCGUUUUUCGACGGUUUCUUUAGUAGCAGAUCUACUACUCAGCCAGCUAUUGCUACUUCAUGUAUGCCAGUGGGAGUGCUCUGCUGCGUUCGACUGUGUUCUUUAUCCGCUAGCAGUGUCCGAAUCGGCAUGGCGUCUGUGUGACAUAACAAAUAAUCAUAGUGUUGACUUGAGUCCUCAUUAACUAUAGGGCAAAGCCCAAACCGGUGAGAAGCAAAACCAAUACCCAUGCUAUAGUUUUACAAAUGUUACCAAGCUACCAAGCUUCCAAAGCUCAUCCGACUGCCUUUAUUGAUGGACCGUUCACUCACUUUCAAAUGUAACCUGCCAUAUACGCUAUACGUUGCGCCAACAUUUAACUUCAAAUAAUAAUAAAGCAGGAGCUCUGCUUGUGUUUGUUGUCCGGUUGCCUUGGAAAUGUCCCGCUCUUUUUUCUGAUAAACAGACCAUGGUCCUUAUGAUGUAUGUUCACUAGUAUGCUAUAUUCCAUGACAUCAUUGGAAUUUGGAUGACAUCAUUGCAUGCUACAUAAGCUUGGCCUUGCUCUUGGUCAAAUGCUGUGCUGCCGCGCCCAGCUCAGUGAGCACUAGAACGCUGAGCUUGGCCGCUCCACGGUUCCGUGUAGGUUGGACUUCCACUGCUUGCGUGAUGUUUUUAUGUUCCAAGAUUGAAGAAGGGCCGCAUUGUAUCCGAGCUGGGAACAAGAAUGAGACGUUCACUGCCCUCCCCAUAUUAUGCGUUCACACUUGACACCCCUCCCAUCUCCAGGUCAUUAUACUUCGUCAUUAUACUUGGACUAUUAAAUUUUCAAGAUCACGACUUCCUUUUUGUAACCUCUUUUUAAAACGGAAUUUUAAUCCUGCGA